GCCAUGCACCAACAUGUGUGCUGUUGUCAUGCGCACCUGUACCGGACACAGGGCAUCACGAUGAGGUGUUUACACUGCGCCUAAGUAGCAAGCCCAGUCGAACCUACCUGAUACCAAAGCACCUCCGUCAAUUCCUUGUGAACCAAAAUGAGUCGUGUAGCCGUGGUGACCGGGUCCAACAAAGGCAUUGGGCUGGAGAUAGUGCGGGGACUGUGCAAACAAUUCGAUGGGAUCGUCUACCUAACAGCUCGAAAUGAGAAACUCGGACAGGAGGCUGUCCAAAAGCUGAAGUCUGAAGGCCUGAACCCCAGCUUCCACCAGCUGGACAUCACAAAUGAGCAGAGUAUUCAGGCACUGAAGCAGCAUCUGCAGGACAAGCACGGGGGCCUGGACGUGCUGGUCAACAAUGCAGGAUUUGCUUACAAGGCUGCAUCCACGACCCCAUUUGGGACCCAAGCCGAGGACUCAGUGGGCAUCAACUUCCUCGGAACCAUGGCUGUCAGCAAAGCUCUGCUGCCAAUCAUCAGGCCCCAUGGAAGGGUAGUGAACGUAUCCAGCCAAGUCAGUCAGAUGGCUAUAAAGAAGUGCAGUGCCGAACAUCAGGCCCGCUUCAGGGACAGGAGCAUUAAGGAGGAAGAACUUGUGAAGUUGUUGAAUAAGUUCAUUGAGACCGCGAAGGCAGGGAAGCAUGAGGAGAAUGGCUUCGCUGACUCUGCGUACGGCAUGUCUAAGAUCGGCGUGACAGUCCUGACGUUUAUCCAGGCUCGGGAGAUGGGGAAGGACUCCAGAGAGGACAUCCUGGUCAACUGUCUCUGUCCUGGUUGGUGCAAGACAGACAUGGCAGGUGCCAAAGCGCCAAGGACUGCCGCUGAAGGUGCAGAUACGGCAAUUUUCCUGUCUCUCAUCAAGCCCAAGGAGUCUCAGGGACAGUUUUUCUACAACCGCAAACCUAUCGCGUUCUAAAGCAAUGGGCGUCCAGAAGAUUGUGUAUCAUGGUGAACACUAGAGAGGACUAGUCACUAUGUUUUGGUUUCACGUAGAUGUAGAUGACAAUAUUCUAUGUUAGACUAGGUCUAUGAUACUAUUAUGUAUAUCUUGUCUCUGUUGUGACCUGUAGUUAGCUCAGUUGGGCAAAAAUGCACAAUAAAGGUGUUCAUUCAUUCAUUCUUUCAAUAUUCUUGCGUGAUGAAGGUAUAUUAUGACAUCUUUCUAUUGCUUGAAGUGACUUAUUUUUGUAGUAAAUAAUCUUAACACAAGAAGUUUGGAUUUUUUACAACUGUACAUGUGGGUAAGCUUCAAUGGUAUGAAACGAAAUAAACAAUCACUACUUAAA